CGACUCACUACUCUAACCGCCAACAAUGACCUCCUUCGCAUCCUCCAACACGACCCUCGCGCCCUCCGUGGCCCCCUCCACCUCUUCCUCCACCGCGCCCUCCUCCACCGACCCAACCGCCUUCACCUUCCCCGCCCUCUACAACUACCCCCCCUUCUUCACCCUCCAGCCCAUCCUGCCCACCCGCCACUCCCAGCUCCUCUCCUGGUCCCUCCUCAUCCAAGCCUACACGCGCCACCACGCCCUCUUCAGCCUGUCCCUCAUCGACGCCCUCGCCACGCCCCUCUUCCACAACCGCCCGCUCAACCGGCGCCUCUCGCUGCGCGACGCCCGCGCCGUCAUCGACUACAUGUGCUCCAAGGAUGGCGACAGCCGCGCGGAAUGGGUCACAGCCCCCUCCACGUCCUCAAACGUGCUCAAGAAGAGCAACCCGAGCGGUGGUGGCGGGGGGGCGGACGAGGAGGGCGGCGGGCGGUUUUGGGUGUUCUGGCGCAAGCCCGACGAGUGGGCGAACCUGAUCGAGGGGUGGGUGGACAGCACGGGACAGAAGGGUGUCGUGCUGACGCUGUACGAGCUCGCCGAGGGCGACGCGACGCGCGGGCAGGAGUUCCACGGCAUGGAGGCCGAGCUGCUGAGUAGGUGUCUCGGGGUUAGCGUGAAGCGGGGGCGGGCGCAGGUGUUUGGGGCCGAGGGCGGGGAGGGCGUCAAGUUCUUCUGAUCGGAUGCUGGAGAUAUGCCGGUGGAGAGGCAUUGGUGGAUAAAUCUAAAGUGGAUCUUGCGGAUCUAUCUGGGGAGUCGUUGGGCUUUUGGGGGAGUUUGGGCAGCGAUGCUGCGAGGACGCUUGAUUGAAGACGUGCACCAGGACUCGAGAAACGCUUGUAAGGAUACAGGAUAUCAGCCUGAAAGCAACCCGGUAUCGAGGUAUAAUUUACAGU